CACCGUAUCGCCCAGAGAUCGGAGCUGUCGAGCCGUGGACUCCGGAGCGUAAGAUGGCCGCGGUGACAGAUACGAGGAGCUGUCAACUCCGCCCGGGAUCCUAAAGCCUAAAAUUCUGUGUCACGCGGCUGGCCAUUUUCGCUCCGCACGUAGCGUAAAUCGGCCGCGUUUGCGUUGCAUCACGUCGCAUCGGACCGCAUUGCAAUGCGCGUGUACGCGAGUUUACUCGAGAUCGUCAGUCAAACAGAAACGCAUCCAGGCAAUCCGAAAACGCACGUCACUUCGUAACCCGUACGUAUAACGUGCGUUAAAACACUUUGCAUCCGCGCGUGCGACCCGAUUUAUCUUUCGCAAAUUCUCGACCGCGCGUCAGUCGAUCGUACCGUAGGCGUGUCGGCGCGGAGAUAAUCAAACCAGUUCGAGUCGAUCGAACUCCGCCGCCUCGUUGCAUUGUAAAAGUGCUUUUUCGCAGGGAUAACUCUCGUCAACAUUGAGACUGUUCUUAGUCAUGGAGGCGAUCGUAGAAUACAAUUAUGUGGCGCAAGAGGAUGAUGAGUUGACACUAAAAAAGGGUGAUAUCAUCACUGGGAUCAAGAUGAUGCUUGGAGGAUGGUGGGAGGGCACCCUAAGGGACAAGCGUGGCAUGUUUCCUGAUAACUUUGUUAAGAUUCUGGAAAUGUCUAACAUGCAGGUAUUGGAUCCCUCGGCCACUAGUGGAAGUAAUGGCAGCGAGACUAUAAGCAGCACAAAAUCUGAUGAGAGUAUAAUCUUGAGAAAUGGAUCUGGUAGACGUUUCUGCAAGGUUCUUUUCAGUUACGAUCCUUGUAACGAGGAUGAGCUAACUUUAGUGCCACAAGACUCCAUAGAAUUUUUGGGAGAAGUAGAGGAAGGAUGGUGGAGAGGACGCCUCAGAGGUAGAGUCGGCGUAUUUCCCUCAAACUUUGUUUCUCCCCCUGCUCCUGAAGAGCAAGAGAGGCAUAAGGAACGAGAUAAAAAGGAAAUGUGCAGAGUACUCUUUCCUUAUGAGGCUGCUAAUGAGGACGAACUCACUCUGGUCGAAGGAGAUACAAUUAUCAUUUUAUCUAAGGACGCGCCAGACAAGGGUUGGUGGAAAGGAGAACUGAAUGGACAAGUAGGUUUGUUCCCUGACAAUUUUGUUGAGGUGAUUGGUACAAAGAAUGAAUCCCAGGAACAAGAAUCCCAGUGGCAUGAAACGACAUCGCUGAGUGCAAAAUCAAGUAUUAGACAUUCCCAUCAAGUGAAAAAGGUCGAAAAGGCGCACAUCAGAAAAAGUUUGGACAUUAGGAACAUACAUUCAAGUAAUAUAUCAGAUCAUUUCCCCACUAUAGACACCGCUAAAAAGGGCCUAUCUACAUUGUCAUCUACCUUAACGUCAUCAUCAUCAUUGACAGCUACCGGAAGCGGAAGCGGCGAUAAGAAAGCGGCUGGUAGCCAUUCGAUUAUAUCGAGUCUGAAGCGACUUGUGAGCGACGUAGGGAAUAAUAACGGUAUCAGCAACACAACGAGUACUGCUUCGGAGUGUCGCGAGGAAUUGGACGGCGUGGAACGAGGGGAGGGUACUCCGCUUGCGCAUUUAACAGCUUCUCGCGCUAAAGCGCCUCGGCGACGUCCACCUUCGUCGCAGCAUUUACGCCAUCACGCUGCUGGAGCCAGUAUAAGCGCAUCUUCGACGCUGCCAACUGUUUCCAGUACCAUUAUGGAAGAUAAUAUGUCUAAUGGACGCACCGAUUCCACAUUGGAACAAAUACCCGACGAAGAAACGGAUGGGCUUGCAGCAAAAGUGAGAAGAAAAGCACCAUGGGUCGAAGAAUUAAAAAUGAAUCAGAUGGAGAGGAGAAAAAUUGCCACGGUAGAAAGAAUUGAUAAGGUGGAAGUUAAGAAGGAACGAAAUUUCCCGCGAUUAAUGACACAAGGAAAUGCUGUGGAUUUCGUUAACAAAUCGGACACCGAUAACGAAGAUAACAAACAGAAAGAUAAAAGUCCGAGAGCCGAAACAAGCCCCCAUGCCGAUUACAGUCCUAGUGCAUCUGGUCAGCCGGCCUACGUUCCAUAUGCCCUCUACUACAAAUUAUUGGAAAGGGUCACCGUGUUAGAAGAGAAACAAGCGGUACUGCAGGCAACAAUAGGACAGCUCUCCGAACAGCUUGUACCUCUUCUCGCGAACGCAUCGAUUAACAGUAAAUAAUACGGUGUUAAGAGAAGAAAAUCAAUAGUGUAUUCAUCUGCCCGUACUGUAUUGGUUUCUCAUUACGUCAGUAAUGAAGAAAGAAACUAAUACUGCUGCUAACGUUUAUUGCUAUUACUGUUGUUAUAUAUAUACACAGACAUAUUUAUUCAUUUGAUAGUAUUCGUUUAUUGUUUGCUCCGUUGAUGCAGUAUUCACGUGAUCCGGUUAAAAACGUAACAUUCCAUACGACAUUCUACGCUUAAAAGCAUUUCUCCUUCAUUUGGUUUUUCCGAUAAUUAAUUUAAGAUCUCAUUCUAACUGCCGGAGUUUUAUUAUUCUUUUGAUAAUAGUAACCGAUUUAUAUGAAUGCCUGGACAUUCGAACGGCUUAAACUCUACAAUUUUUAUUUAAAAUUUACGA